AAUCUCUUCAACAAAGCUUCACACAAUCAUACACCUUUCUGAAUUUCCUCUCAAAUUUGUUCUCCUUUCACAAUGGCUAAAAAUGUUGCUCAAUCUGCUACCUUGGCCUCCCUUGACCAAAAGCUGGCCAUGGCCAAACGCUACUCUCAUGAGGGCGUGGUUGCUGGAGCAAAGGCAGCCAUCGUUGCAACCAUUGCUACUGCAAUUCCAACUCUUGCUAUUGCAAGGACGCUGCCUUGGGCAAGAGCCAAUCUCAAUCCCACCGCACAAGCUCUUAUAAUCUCCACAGCGGCAGGAGCUGCUUAUUUUAUAGUUGCGGACAAGACUGUUUUGGCUACGGCACGGAAGAAUUCCUUCAACCAUGCACCUAACAUGGAGGCACGAAUUUGAGUUUGGUUUAAAUUUUAAAUACAUCUAAUGUAAGCCGUAAUUAUUAGUUUAUUACCAUUCAGUUGGCUAAAAAAGAAGUAGGAUUGGAAAGAAGGGGUG